AUGGUUGACUACCUACAGAAGAUGAAGACUCUUGCAGACAAUCUAGUCGUUGUUGUGCAGCCCGUUAUAGAUGAUGACCUAGUUCUACACAUUCUAGGAGGACUAGGCCCUGAAUAUGACACCUUAGUUGUGUCUGUUACUUCCAGAUUUGAUGGCAUCACGUUGGCUGACCUUUAUGGACUUCUUCUCAACCAUAAAAACAGACUGGAACAGAUGAGUGUCUUGGAACAAGGCUUGGGAAAAGUUCAUGUCACUGUUAAGAACAGUAACACUACAAAGCAAGAGUCUAACUUUAAAAGGAACAAUAAUCAGUCUCAAAAUUCCUUUGGAAGGUAUGGUCAUGGACAAGGUCGAGGUUCUGGUUAUCGUUCACACACUUCAGGAACUCAACAAUUCACCGGUUCAAAUCAGUGUCAAGUUUGUUCAAAGUAUGGCCAUACUUCUCUAACUUAUUAUCAUUUAUUUGAUCAUGCAUAUCAAUCUAAUUCUAAGCAAAACAUGGAUGUGUUGAUUGCUCAACCAUCUACUAUUAUUGAUCCUUCGUGGUAUCAUGAUUCGGGUGCUACGAACAAUCUUACAAAUGAUAUGAGUAAUAUGGAUGUUCAAGGUGGCUACAAUGGCACUGAGCAGAUACAUGUGGGAAUUGGCACAUGUUUGAAAAUUGCUCAUGUUGGUGAUUCAAUUUUACCUUCUUCUGGUAGAUUAUUACGCUUGCGCAAUAUUCUCCAUAUUCCUGAAAUAACUAAGAAUUUGCUUAGUAUUGUACAAUUUGCAUAUGAUAAUAAUGUGUUCUUUGAAUUUCACCCACGUGAUUGUUUUGUGAAGGAUCGCACAAACAGGAAGGUUGCUUCUUCAAGUGCUUCAUCCUCGCUUCCAGGUCAACCCGAACCCACUUUAUCAUGUUCCUCAUGUUUUGACAUUUUAGGGUCAUAA